AUGUCAGCAGUCGUCCUUGUGGCGCAAACUGGAGGAGCCCAGGAUCUCAAUUGUGUCUCGUUUGCAACCGGAACUAAAUGUCUUUCGGCCUCUGCAAUGCCCAAAUGCAAGGGCUUGGUGUUGCAUGACUCUCAUGCGGAAGUCCUGGCAUUACGUGGGUUGAAUCACUGGCUACUAUCAGAAGUGAAGGCAAUGCUGCAAUUUCCAGCUUAUCAAUCACCGUAUCUCGAGUUCUGUCAAAGACAAAAUACUCUGACCGACGAGGAAGACGGCGGCCAAUUUGACGAGCCACCAUUCAAGAUUAAGGACAACAUCGCAAUCUACUUCUUCACCACUGAAGCUCCUUGCGGGGAUGCGUCGAUGGAGAUAUUGAUCGAGUCAUUCCCUUCCAGUGCGGCAGCACCAUGGCCAGUGGAGGGUCAGAGCGACAUUCAGCUGCAAGGCCGUGGUCAUUUCUCUCUGCUGGGCUACACGCGCCGCAAGCCCGCACGUGCAGACGCAGAACCAAGUCUCUCCAAAUCAUGUACGGACAAGCUGGCGGUCAAACAGUUCUCAAGCGUCCUCUCGUUCCCGGCCGACGUGUUCAUUCAGAAGUCCAGCAGUGCCUUCAUACAAAGUGUGGUGGUCUACUCUGAUCAAUACCACGCCACAGGCUACGAGCGUGCGUUUGGUCGAGCAGGUCGUCUAUCUCAGCUCAGCGACACUGGUCAUUUCUUCAGUGUCGAACCACUUCCUGUCGAUUCCCCACGCUUCGCCUUUGGUAAAAAGCAGCAAAGCUCGUGCGGUCUGCCGAAGACCACAUCCAAAGUGUCCAACAUCUCAGCCUUGGCAAUUCGAAGGACCGGAUCAGACAAAACAGACAUCGUCGAGGUUCUCGUCAAUGGUGUGAAGCAAGGCUACAAGCAAUGGGAUGAAAGAUCGAGCAAAGCCAGCGUCGUUUGCAGGAGGAACCUAUGGGAUGUUGCUGUAAGUAUCAGCCGUCAGCUCGAAGCUUUCCGGGAUGUCGACCAGACCACACCCGCAGUAACACAUUGCAAGAUUGAUUGGUGGAAGGAUCUUCGCUGUGCACUUUCAGCAAGGACAUACGACGAUGCAAAAUCGUCGUGUCUGAGAGGACCUUCCAGAGACUGCAGAAAACAGGUCACCGAUGCUCUGGGCAAUUGGUGCAAGAAUACCGGUGAUGGCAACUGGUGCCGGAGUUGA